UUGCAUUGAUUGUCUGCCUAUCAAUCAAAGUCUCUCUCUCUCCCUCUCUCUCUCUCUCUCUCUCUCUGCGCGCAAGGCAGCUUCUUCUUCUUCUUCUUUAGUUUAAAGAUCUGAUCUCCCAAGCUUGUCCAAGUGAUCUGAAAAGCUAUUCAUAUAUUAGCUAUGAAGCCACCAAAGUUACGUUAUAGCAGUAUCAUGAAGAUAAUUACUUUCCCUCAUCAUCACCUCUUUCUCCUGAUGAUCUCUCUUUUCUGGGCUUCUUCUGCAUUUGGAGCCACCAAGAUACAUCCAUCUGAAAUGGAAGCUCUGAAAGACAUAGCUAAGACACUUGGGAAGACAGACUGGAACUUCAGCAUAGAUCCAUGCGAUACGCCAUCUGCAGUCCAGAGCAGCUGGUUUACGCCAAACCCAGUCGAUAAAGAAAGUCAAAACGCUGUCGUCUGCAAUUGCACCCUUGCCAAUGACAGCUUCUGUCAUGUUGUCAACAUAACUUUGAAGAAACAAAGUCUCCCGGGCAAACUCCCGCCAGAACUCGUCAGAUUAUCUUACCUUUCCAUAAUCGACCUGAGCCGCAACUACCUUAGCGGUUCAAUCCCUUCUAGUUGGGCCUACCUUAAACUUGUGCACAUUUCUCUUCUUGGUAACCGACUAACGGGUAGAAUCCCAGUGGAGCUUACGAAGAUCACUACUCUGCAGCGUUUGGUCCUCGAGUUCAAUCAAUUUUAUGGAAAUCUUCCUCCUGAGCUUGGCAAUCUUCGCUAUAUUGAAGGACUGCUUCUUACCUCCAACAACUUCACUGGAGAAAUACCUUCAACUUUCGCAAACCUCACUACGUUGACGGAUAUUCGACUAGGUGACAAUCAAUUCUCUGGAAAGAUGCCUAGCUUUAUUCAGAACUGGAAAAGUCUUGAGACAAUAGUGGCUCAAGGGAGUGGUUUGAGUGGACCCAUUUCUGGAAUUUCAUUUCCGGAAAACUUAAAACUGUUGACGAUAAGUGACUUGAAUGGACCUGAUUCAACUUUUCCCGCACUCAAUAAUUUGACAAAAUUGAAAUCAUUGAUAUUGAGGAGUUGCAAUAUCAUUGGAAAGAUACCUCCCUCUCUUGGGAGCAUGGGCAAUUUAAAAAUCUUAGACCUGAGCUUUAACAAAUUGCAAGGAAAAAUUCCAGAUACCUUUUCUCACCUCUCACAAACGGAUGACAUGUAUUUAACUGGAAACUUUCUCGAUGGACCUGUGCCUGCGUUGAACAAAGUUGAAUACGUGGAUCUUUCAUACAACAACUUUUCCAGCAGAGACACUGGGGGGAGGUGUGAUCGAUCAAAUGUGAACCUGUUUGGAGACUCUUUGACGGUCAAUGACUCAGGAUCUGUUACUUGUAUGAGAAGCCCUUGUUCUAAAACCUGGUACUCUGUCAAUAUAAAUUGUGGUGGAAAAGCUGGCACCUUUGAAGGUAAAAUGUAUGAUGGUGAUUUGGAUCUAGCUUCACGAGGAUUUGCAAAAAGUGGAACAAACUGGGCAAUUAGCAAUACUGGUCACUUUAUAGAUGCAAGACGAAAGUAUACCUACAUCGCAGAAAGCAAUAGUCUCCCUUUGCCCAAUGUUGAACUGUAUGGGAAUGCACGUCUUUCCCCUAUUUCUCUGACCUAUUAUGUAUUUUGCCUGGGAAAUGGACCGUACACAGUGAGUCUUCAUUUUGUGGAGAUAGUGUUCACUGAUGAUCAAACAUAUAGAAGCCUUGGAAGGCGUGUAUUUGAUGUCUACAUUCAGGGAAAGCGAAUGCUGAAGGAUUUCAAUAUUGUAAAUGAAGCAGGGGGAGCUGGUAAGCUAAUUGUAAGAAAUUUUACUGUAAAUGUGACUAGUGGCACCUUAGAGAUUCGCUUCUCUUGGGCUGGGAAAGGGACAACUGCUAUACCGGAAAAGUCAGUUUAUGGUCCUUUAAUUUCAGCUAUAUCUGUAACUUCUGCAGACUUUAAACCCCCAAGAAGCAUGCCUGGAGCAGUUGUGGCUGCAAUUGUGGCUGCAGGAGUGAGUAUUGUCAUCCUGAUACUGGGCAUGCUCUGGUGGAGAGGUAUCCUAGGAAAAAGAAGUUCGUUAGCAAUAGAGCUAAAGAGCUUAGAUCUACAAACUGGUUCGUUUACCUUGCGCCAAAUCAAAGCAGCAACAAAUAACUUCGAUGCAUCUAAUAAGAUUGGAGAAGGAGGAUUUGGUUCUGUUUACAAGGGCUUUCUAUCAGAUGGCACAAUGAUAGCAGUGAAGCAGCUUUCUUCUAAAUCAAAACAAGGAAACCGUGAGUUUAUAAAUGAGAUAGGCAUGAUCUCUGCUUUGCAACACCCUUGUCUUGUUAAGCUCCAUGGUUGUUGUGCUGAGGGGGAUCAGUUGUUGCUGGUGUAUGAAUACAUGGAAAACAACAGCCUUGCUCGUGCCUUGUUUGGACCAGAAGAAUGCCGUUUAAAAUUGGAUUGGCCAACAAGACAGAAGAUUUGUGUUGGUAUUGCCAGAGGUUUGGCUUUCCUCCAUGAAGAAUCAAGACUAAAGAUUGUUCACCGGGACAUCAAGGCCACUAAUGUGCUACUUGACAAAGACCUGAAUGCAAAAAUUUCUGAUUUUGGACUCGCGAAGCUUGAUGAAGAGGAAAAUACCCACAUAAGCACUCGAAUAGCUGGGACCUAUGGAUAUAUGGCACCUGAAUAUGCAAUGCAUGGUUAUUUGACUGACAAAGCAGAUGUCUAUAGUUUUGGAAUUGUUGCCUUGGAAAUUGUAAGUGGAAGGAGUAACACUUAUCGCAGACAAAAGGAAGACUGUUUCAAUCUUCUUAAUUGGGCACAUGUUUUGAAAGAGAAUGACUAUUUAAUGGAGCUCGUUGAUCCAAGGUUGGGUUCAGAUUUUAACAGGGAAGAGGUAAUGGUGAUGAUCAAUGUGGCUCUUCUAUGCACUAAUCCCUCUUCAUCAUUGAGGCCCCCCAUGUCUUCUGUCCUAAGCAUGCUUGAAGGCAGGACUGUAGUUGCCGAGUUCAUUUCCGAUCAAAGUGUGGAAACAAGCAAGAUGAAGUUAGAGACAACGAGACAAUAUUACCGACAGAUAGAAGAAAAUCAGACAAAUGAUGAGACUGAAACUCAUUCUCAGAGUCUGUUAGGAAUGUCCACUUCUUCAUCCACAUCAGCUAGAGAUCUCUAUCCUGUUCGCCUAGAUUCUUCCUACUUGGAGAAAAGAAAGUCUGACAGGAUAGGCUAACUGCCUGUUUGGAUUUUAAUUUAUAUCUGACAAAAGUACAUUUGAGAAAUUCAAUUAUUUAUUGGAUUUGAUAAAAGUACAUCCUAAAUGUAGUUUGAAUGUACUUUUAAAAGUUAUCCAAAUAGGUCCUAAAACUCGAAUUUUAUAAUUUGGAUCUAGAACUUGCCUGUA